GCCGACAGUGGACCACUCAGGGCAGCCAUGUUAAGUGGAACGUGUCUUCCCUUUCGCCCGUGGGUCCCAUCAUCCAGACGAGGCAGCCAGUAGAGCACCACGGCGUGGUCCUGGUUUACAAGCAGCUGGGAUGUGACAACAACAACUACAGCUUCCACGUCUACCUGGCCACCAACAGCUCAUCUGACAUCAAGGAUAUUCGCAAACAAGUGCAGGGAUACAAGAAUCGUUACAUCCGGAUAGACAAGCCUCCCACGUGUAAGCUGGACGAGGGGACGUACCGUCUCCUGAGUCGAGCCAGAGGGAGACAUCAAACCUCAGGACUUGAAAUUCACCCUUGCAGUGACUAAGAUGAAAGGCUACUUUGAAGCUUUUUUUGAGCAGCCUCCUCCUUUUAAAUUGUCUCUCAUAGAGACAGACUCUGAGGAGACUGUAUGGUCCGCCACCAUCAGAGAAGGUGACUGUGUGGAUAAUACAGAAAAGAAGCCCAGGAAAAGGACAAACAGCCGACAGAGGAGCACCAGCCCCUCAGAAGAUGAAACAGCCUGUAAAAGACCUCGAUGGCAGGAUGAGUCAGAUGGAGUAAAGACAGUGAUGAGUCAGGGACAGGACAUGUCAGACAAGCAGCUAUUGCAGGUGGCCAAGCUGCUUGGGAGCGAGUGGAAGCAGGUAGCCAUCUACCUGGACUUGGACUCCAGCUACCUGGACAGCAUCCGGGAAGCAGAGAAAGACGUGACCAUACAGAAGCUGAAGAUGCUGGUGGAGUGGAAGAGGAGGCGGCAGGCAGGACAAGCCACGGCGUAUCACCUGUGGAAGAGUGUGGAGGAUCUGGAUGACUUGCCGAACGAGGUCCGUCAGAAACUGCAAGAUAUGAUGAACAAGUGAAAGGGAUUUGGCUAAAAUGGACUGUUGGAAAUCUCUUCCUCCAGCACCAGCAAGGAAUCUCAGGAAUACAGAAAAGCAGAGUUGACCUCUGGACCAAACUUCAGCUCUUCCCUCAGUUUGUGUUUCUCUUUUGAAUAUUUUCUGGACAUGAAACUAAUGGAUGAGUUUUUGUUAUUUCUGCAUUUCAUGAAAAGGGCCACUGUCUCAACCUUGGACGGGCAUUUUCCCAAACUUUGUUCAAAUAUGGUCCUUUGAUUCUGUAAUGAAUACAGAAUAGACAAGCUGUACCUAAAGGUACCUUUGUGUAGCCAGAAUCUGAUGCUUAGUACAAUCAGGUUCUAAAAUGACCAGUAGAGAUAGAGGUGUAGAGGUCGUUGAGGUAUUUGGUAGCUAAUUAUGUAGCCAGUAACACAUGUAAAUGUAGGUGCUGCAGUGUUUAAACUGCAAAAAUCAGGAAAAAUCCAACCUGUGUGUCCUUGUUUCACUUCUAAAUGCAACAUUUGUGGGACUUUUUAUAAAACACUUAGGCAUUACAUCACAUGCCCACGCAUGUGACUGUCCAAAGCCUUGUGGACUGACAUACUGAACUAUUUUGUGUCUUAUACAUUUUUAUAUUUGUGCAUAUGCGCUUGCCCUGUACAUAUCUUUAUAACAGCUAUUUUUUCAAACCUGUGAUUUAUUUUAUUUUAAGUCUGUUUCUGUUUUAUAUGACAACUCUGAACCUGUAAAAUGUAAUGGAGUUGCAAGAGGUUUAUUAUUAUGUUUUUUUAGACUUGAAUUAUGAACCUGUUCCUGCCCUUCUGAGACUGACCGCACAUGUUGUAUUUGUAAAAUUUGUUUGUAUGUAGUACAAAUGUGUACAGUGUGAAGAACAAAAGCAGCACACAUUUGGAUUCAGGGCUGAAUUCACAUGUUCUUCAUGUGUGAGUUAAACUACAGCAAGGAAACAUUAAUAUAUGUUGAGCCAUCUUUUCAAAGCUGUUUCAUAGAUACAAAGACAAGAACCAAGAUUGUGAAAAACAAACCAAACUAUCAAAUAUUUCCCUACCAGUUAAACAUGAACUGCUGAUUCGUUUCCUUUUUAUUUUCAGGCAUCUCAACACAAUGUGGAGAAAAGCUGCAAAAUUGGCAUGUGUUAAUCUUUCAGGGUCGUCCACACAGGUGCUAUGCAGCAGUGUUUACAUUCAGAGAACAGAGUUGUUUCCUCAAACACUUUCCCACAAACAAUCCAGUCAGUCCUUUUUGCACUUGCUUUUUGUUUGAAUCCAUCCAAAGACUAUUGGAGUAAAGGUGAAAAAGCACAUGUUGACUGAAUAAAACAAGAGUAGGUCUCCUGGA